UCAAGCCCCACCGAAAGCCCCGGACCCGUCGCGGAGCCUGGGCUGGCGGGGGAUGAGGCUGAGCGACUCCUCCUAGAGGUGGUUAUGUGGAGAAGGAGCAAUCCCUUCUCCCUCCUCCUCCUCCCCCCGCUACUAUCCGCGGCCCGGAGAACUGCCGCUUGCCGCCAUUGACACGCACAGAUAGAACCCAAAGAAAGGCAAAGAGUCCUGCCCGGCACCGGCGCCGCGCGGGCCGAACCUGCGCCCGGGGAGCGGCGCGCAGAGGGCACCGGGCGCCCCGAGCAGGCGGCGCAGCACCAGCAUUGACUUAGUGCCAGGAGGCCACCGUGUCAGCAAGCUGAGAGGGAAACUGAGGCAAGAUGUCGGGCCGGAGCGGGAAGAAGAAAAUGUCCAAGCUGUCACGUUCAGCCAGGGCUGGGGUCAUCUUCCCAGUGGGGAGGCUGAUGCGUUACCUGAAGAAAGGGACGUUCAAGUACCGAAUCAGCGUGGGUGCUCCCGUCUACAUGGCCGCAGUCAUCGAAUACCUGGCAGGUGACAGAGACAAGACAGUGAUGGUCCAAGAUGCAAAAUUAUAUUCAACUGCUCAGAAGCUUAAAACUGGGAGGCUCCUUGACCCCUCCCACCCAUCUGGAAAAAGGGCGGAAAUUCUAGAAUUGGCUGGGAAUGCCGCAAGGGACAACAAGAAGGCCCGGAUAGCCCCAAGACACAUCCUGCUGGCAGUUGCCAAUGAUGAAGAACUCAAUCAGCUGCUAAAAGGAGUGACCAUUGCCAGCGGGGGCGUCCUGCCCAGAAUUCACCCUGAACUGCUGGCCAAAAAGCGAGGGACCAAAGGCAAGUCGGAAACUAUUCUCUCCCCUCCCCCAGAGAAGAGAGGAAGGAAGGCCACGUCGGGCAAGAAGGGGGGCAAGAAAUCCAAGGCUGCCAAACCACGGACGUCCAAAAAGUCCAAACCAAAGGACAGCGAUAAAGAAGGAACUUCAAAUUCCACCUCUGAAGAUGGGCCAGGGGAUGGAUUCACCAUCUUGUCUUCUAAGAGCCUUGUUCUAGGGCAGAAGCUGUCCUUGACCCAGAGUGACAUCAGCCAUAUUGGCUCCAUGAGAGUGGAGGGCAUUGUCCACCCAACCACAGCCGAAAUUGACCUCAAGGAAGAUAUAGGUAAGGCCUUGGAAAAGGCUGGGGGGAAGGAGUUCUUGGAAACGGUAAAGGAGCUUCGCAAGUCCCAGGGCCCUUUGGAAGUUGCUGAAGCUGCCGUCAGCCAGUCCAGCGGACUUGCAGCCAAAUUUGUCAUCCACUGUCACAUCCCUCAGUGGGGUUCCGACAAAUGUGAAGAACAGCUUGAAGAGACCAUCAAAAACUGCCUGUCAGCGGCAGAGGACAAGAAGCUGAAGUCAGUGGCGUUCCCGCCCUUCCCCAGCGGCAGAAACUGCUUCCCCAAACAGACGGCAGCCCAGGUGACCCUCAAAGCCAUCUCGGCCCACUUUGACGACUCGAGUGCAUCCUCGCUGAAGAAUGUCUACUUCCUGCUCUUCGACAGCGAGAGCAUCGGCAUCUACGUGCAGGAGAUGGCCAAACUCGAUGCCAAGUAGCCGCCCCACACCCGCCCGGCGGGGCCACGCUUACCAACAGGAGUCAGGAGCAUCAAAGUCGCAGGAGCCGGGUUUCAUUGCUUAAAAGGAGAGAGGAGGGGUGACGGCAGGGGAGCGGAGGGCAGCAGAAAGGGAAGUGGGUAGCAGAGGCUGCUGGAGCAGGUCCUGCCCACUGGAAGAGCCCUCUGCAUUUUAUACUCUCGUUAAAAAGAGCCUCAGUCCAUAAUUAACCAGGUCUCCACGAGGGGUUUCUUUCCAUGUGUUUUCUUCCUGUUGUUUUAGAAAUUUUUUAAAAAACAGACUUCGUUUUAGAUUUAUAGCAUUGACUUUUACACACACACAAAAAUCCUCUCGAAAUUCUUACAAUCUUCUGUUUCUCCUUUUUGCAAGGAAAGAGGGCAGAAAAGUGAGUCGGGCUUUUUGGCUGUCUGUGUUCAGUGAUGGAGAAAAUCAGAAAGGCAUCUCACUGGUGCUUUUCUUUCCUGUUUCAGUGCCCCCACCCCUCCCCCUGUAAUAUCUGUAACUACUCCCACAAAGGUUUUGCUUCAGGCUUUUUUUUUGGUUGUUGUUUUUUUAAGAAAAAGAAAAUGAAAAGAAAAAAUAAAAGAUCCAGUGUCUUUCUUA